UCGCCCUGAACAGUUUCCGCCGCCAUUGCAGGUUUCUAGAGUUCAAUUCAGCGGCCGCUGUUUGUCAUUUUGGGGAAGAAGCACUUAGUUCAUGUCCAACGGGCUUACGGAGUAGCGAGUUAACCGUCACCAUAGUCUCCCAAAGGAAGCCUCUGUCAAUUAAUUUGGUCACUUCACAAGCCGUCUCAAGGCUGCCCGGCUUGGAUCUGAGAUAGAAAGCUGUAGUUUGUUAGCUAGUUUUAGGCGAAUUAGGAGGAGAGAGAAGAGGAACCGUCAUGGCUCAGAUCCUGCCUAUCCGAUUCCAGGAGCACCUGCAGCUCCAAAACCUGGGCAUAAACCCGGCCAACAUCGGCUUCAGCACACUGACGAUGGAGUCGGACAAGUUCAUCUGCGUGCGGGAGAAGGUGGGCGAGCAGGCGCAGGUGGUCAUCAUCGACCUGGGCGACGCCAACAACCCCAUCCGCCGGCCCAUCUCGGCAGACAGUGCCAUCAUGAACCCCGCCAGCAAAGUCAUCGCCCUCAAAGCUGCAAAAACCCUUCAGAUCUUUAACAUCGAGAUGAAGAGCAAAAUGAAGGCCCACACCAUGACGGACGACGUGACCUUCUGGAAGUGGAUCUCACUCAACACGGUGGCGCUGGUGACGGACAACGCCGUGUACCACUGGAGCAUGGAGGGCGACUCGCAGCCCGUCAAAGUCUUCGACCGCCACUCCAGCCUGGCCGGCUGCCAGAUCAUCAACUACCGCACGGACGCCAAGCAGAAGUGGCUGCUGCUCAUCGGCAUCUCCGCCCAGCAAAACCGCGUGGUGGGCGCCAUGCAGUUGUACUCUGUGGACAGGAAGGUGUCUCAGCCCAUCGAGGGCCACGCGGCCAGCUUCGCCCAGUUCAAGAUGGAGGGCAACGCCGAGGAAUCCACACUCUUCUGCUUCGCCGUCAGGGGCCAGGCGGGAGGCAAGCUGCACAUCAUUGAAGUGGGCACCCCAGCGACGGGCAACCAGCCGUUCCCCAAGAAGGCAGUGGACGUCUUCUUCCCUCCCGAGGCCCAAAAUGACUUCCCAGUGGCCAUGCAGAUCAGCUCCAAGCAGGACGUGGUGUUCCUCAUCACCAAGUACGGCUACAUCCACCUGUACGACCUGGAGACGGGAACCUGCAUCUACAUGAACCGCAUCAGCGGCGAGACCAUCUUCGUCACCGCGCCCCACGAGGCCACCGCCGGCAUCAUCGGCGUCAACAGGAAAGGACAGGUGCUGUCGGUGUGCGUGGAGGAGGAGAACAUUAUUCCCUACAUCACCAACGUGCUGCAGAACCCCGACCUGGCCCUGCGCAUGGCCGUCCGCAACAACCUGGCCGGGGCAGAGGAGCUCUUCGCACGCAAGUUCAACAACCUCUUCGCCGCCGGAAACUACUCAGAGGCCGCCAAGGUUGCCGCCAACGCUCCCAAGGGGAUCCUGCGCACUCCAGACACCAUCCGGCGUUUCCAAAGCGUCCCGGCCCAGCCCGGCCAGACAUCGCCCCUGCUCCAGUACUUCGGGAUCCUGCUGGACCAGGGCCAGCUCAACAAGUUCGAGUCGCUGGAGCUGUGCAGGCCCGUGCUGCAGCAGGGACGCAAGCAGCUGCUGGAGAAGUGGCUCAAGGAGGACAAGCUGGAGUGUUCAGAGGAGCUGGGAGACCUGGUGAAGUCUGUGGACCCCACACUGGCCCUGAGCGUUUACCUGCGGGCCAACGUCCCCAACAAGGUCAUCCAGUGCUUUGCAGAGACUGGACAGUUCCCCAAGAUCGUCCUCUACGCCAAGAAGGUUGGCUACACGCCAGACUGGAUCUUCCUGCUGCGUAAUGUGAUGCGCAUCAGCCCGGACCAGGGCCUCCAGUUUGCCCAGAUGCUGGUGCAGGACGAGGAGCCGCUGGCCGACAUCACACAGAUUGUGGAUGUGUUCAUGGAGUAUAACCUGGUGCAGCAGUGCACGUCCUUCCUCCUGGAUGCCCUGAAGAACAACAGACCUACUGAGGGGCCUCUGCAGACCAGGCUGCUGGAGAUGAAUCUGAUGCACGCACCGCAGGUGGCAGAUGCCAUCCUGGGCAACCAGAUGUUCACCCACUACGACAGGGCGCACGUGGCGCAGCUGUGCGAGAAGGCCGGCCUGCUGCAGAGGGCUCUGGAGCACUACACAGACCUCUACGACAUCAAGAGGGCCGUCGUGCACACACACCUGCUCAACCCAGAGUGGCUGGUGAACUUCUUCGGCUCCCUCUCUGUGGAGGACUCUUUGGAGUGCCUGAGGGCCAUGCUGUCCGCUAACAUCCGCCAGAACCUGCAGAUCUGCGUCCAGGUGGCCUCCAAGUACCACGAGCAGCUCUCCACCAACAGCCUCACCGAGCUCUUCGAGUCCUUCAAGAGCUUUGAGGGUCUCUUCUAUUUCCUGGGCUCCAUCGUCAACUUCAGCCAGGACCCCGAAGUGCACUUCAAGUACAUCCAGGCAGCCUGCAAGACGGGCCAGAUCAAGGAGGUGGAGCGCAUUUGCAGGGAGAGCAACUGCUACGACCCAGAGCGGGUCAAAAACUUCCUGAAGGAAGCCAAGCUGACUGACCAGUUGCCCCUCAUCAUCGUGUGCGACCGCUUCGACUUUGUCCACGACCUGGUGCUCUACCUGUACCGCAACAACCUGCAGAAGUACAUCGAGAUCUACGUCCAGAAGGUGAACCCCAGCCGUUUGCCCGUGGUGAUCGGAGGGCUGCUGGAUGUGGACUGCUCUGAGGAUGUCAUCAAGAACCUGAUCCUGGUGGUGCGCGGCCAGUUCUCCACUGACGAACUGGUGGCAGAGGUGGAGAAGAGGAACAGACUGAAGCUGCUGCUGCCGUGGCUGGAGGCUCGUAUCCACGAGGGCUGCGAGGAGCCGGCCACCCACAACGCCCUGGCCAAGAUCUACAUCGACAGCAACAACAACCCAGAGCGCUUCCUGCGCGAGAACCCCUUCUACGCAAGUACUGUGGUGGGCAAGUACUGCGAGAAGAGGGACCCCCACCUGGCCUGCGUGGCCUACGAGAGGGGACAGUGCGACCAGGAGCUCAUCAAUGUGUGCAAUGAGAACUCGCUCUUCAAGAGCCUGUCCCGCUAUCUGGUGCGCAGGAAGGACCCGGAGCUGUGGGCCAGCGUGCUGCUGGAGACCAACCCCUUCAGGAGGCCCCUCAUCGACCAGGUGGUUCAGACAGCUCUGUCUGAGACGCAGGACCCAGAGGAGGUGUCCGUCACAGUCAAGGCCUUCAUGACCGCUGACCUGCCCAAUGAACUCAUCGAACUCCUGGAGAAGAUAGUCUUGGACAACUCCGUAUUCAGUGAACACAGAAACCUCCAGAACCUGUUGAUCCUGACGGCCAUCAAAGCAGACCGCACUCGUGUGAUGGAGUACAUCAACCGGCUGGACAACUACGAUGCUCCGGACAUCGCCAACAUCGCCAUUAGCAACGAGCUCUUCGAGGAGGCCUUCGCCAUCUUCAGGAAGUUUGAUGUCAACACCUCUGCAGUGCAGGUCCUGAUUGAGCACAUCGGUAAUCUGGACCGGGCAUAUGAGUUUGCGGAGCGCUGCAACGAGCCGGCCGUGUGGAGCCAGCUGGCCAAGGCCCAGCUGCAGAAGGGCCUGGUCAAGGAGGCCAUCGACUCCUACAUCAAGGCAGACGACCCCUCCGCAUACAUGGAGGUGGUGCAGGCCGCAGACAAGAGCGGUAACUGGGAGGACCUGGUGAAGUUCCUGCAGAUGGCCCGCAAGAAGGCCCGCGAGUCCUACGUGGAGACGGAGCUGAUCUUCGCCCUGGCCAAAACCAACCGCCUGGCCGAGCUGGAGGAGUUCAUCAACGGACCCAACAACGCCCACAUCCAGCAGGUUGGCGACCGUUGUUACGACGAGAAAAUGUACGACGCGGCGAAGCUGCUGUACAACAACGUGUCCAACUUUGGCCGUCUGGCCUCCACCCUAGUGCACCUGGGCGAGUACCAGGCCGCCGUGGACGGAGCUCGCAAGGCCAACAGCACUCGCACAUGGAAGGAGGUGUGCUUUGCCUGCGUGGACGGGAAAGAGUUCCGCCUUGCUCAGAUGUGUGGACUCCACAUUGUGGUCCAUGCAGAUGAACUGGAGGAGCUGAUCAACUAUUAUCAGGACCGCGGGUAUUUCGAGGAGCUGAUCACCAUGCUGGAGUCUGCGCUGGGCCUGGAGCGCGCCCACAUGGGCAUGUUUACUGAGCUGGCCAUCCUCUACUCCAAGUUCAAGCCGCAGAAGAUGAGGGAACACCUGGAGCUCUUCUGGUCCAGAGUCAACAUUCCAAAGGUUCUGAGGGCCGCAGAGCAGGCCCACCUCUGGGCAGAGCUGGUGUUCCUGUACGACAAAUAUGAGGAGUACGACAACGCCAUCCUCACCAUGAUGAGCCACCCCACAGACGCCUGGAAGGAGGGACAGUUCAAAGACAUCAUCACCAAGGUGGCUAAUGUGGAGCUUUACUACAAAGCGCUUCAGUUCUAUCUGGAGUUCAAGCCUUUGUUACUGAAUGACCUGCUCAUCGUGCUGUCUCCGAGACUCGACCACUCCCGAGCAGUCACCUACUUCAGCAAGGUGAAGCAGCUUCCUCUUGUUAAGCCCUACCUGAGGUCAGUGCAGAACCACAACAACAAAUCUGUCAACGAAGCACUCAACAACCUCUUCAUCACUGAGGAAGACUACCAGGCUCUGAGGACGUCCAUAGAUGCCUACGACAACUUUGACAACAUCUCAUUGGCCCAGCGGCUGGAGAAGCACGAGCUGAUCGAGUUCAGGAGAAUUGCCGCCUACCUCUUCAAGGGCAACAACCGCUGGAAGCAGAGCGUCGAGCUGUGCAAGAAAGACAAACUUUACAAGGACGCCAUGCAGUACGCGUCGGAGUCCAAGGACACGGAGCUGGCGGAGGAGCUGCUGCAGUGGUUCCUGGAGGAGGGCAAGAAGGAGUGCUUCGCCUCCUGCCUCUUCACCUGCUACGACCUGCUCCGGCCAGACGUGGUGAUGGAGACCGCCUGGAGGCACAACAUCAUGGACUUCUCCAUGCCCUACUUCAUCCAGGUCAUGAGGGAGUACCUCUCCAAGGUGGACAAGUUGGAGACCUCUGAAUCGCUCAGGAAAGAGGAGGAGCAGGCCACUGAAACACAACCAAUUGUUUAUGAAGGCAACCCCCAGCUGAUGCUGACUGCCGGCCCCAGCGGUCCCGUACCCGUGCCCCCCCAGCAGGCGUACGGCUACGGCUACACGGCGCCGCCCCCGCAGGGCUACGCCCAGCCCCCUCCGGCCGCAGGGUUCGGCUACGGCAUGUAAAGGAGAGAGGACCUCCACCCAAGGGCCCAGAACCUCCAACACCACCCCAGCCCCACCCCACCCCACCCGAGCCCACCAACCUCCCUCCCCUGCACUCCCCUUCAUCCUCUCUUUGCCUCUUUCAGCUGGCUAGACCAGCCUGGAGCAGUCCAUCCACCUCCUUUCUUCUACACUUCUACAGUACAAACUGCCCUCUGUCAUCUUCUUUUGCUUUUUUUUCAUUCAUUUCAUUCAUUCAUUCAAGACGACAAGCAAGCAAAAUGUUUUUUUCCCCCUUCCUUCUUCCCUCUUACCCUGCUCUUCUUUUUUUAUAUGAAAGAUUUUUUGGCUCUUAUUUUUUUUCUCCUUUUUCACUUUUAUGAAGGACUUCACUUUGUUUCUGUUUAGUUAAGAGAGAGAGAGAGAGAAUUUGGAUCAUGGGGAUUAUUUUUCACAUUCCAUAAGAAAAAUCUAAUUAGUUUUAAUUAUUAUUAUUUUUUUGUUUUUGUCUAUUUUAUUUGAAUAGGGGAAUGAUUUAUGUCAGAAGCGGAGGACUUUUUGGUGUGGGGGGGAAAUGAAGCCCUCCUUUAAAAAAAAAUUGUCUUUUGUGAAGCAUCAGAAUUGCACUUGGCAUUGAGAAGAAACUAAUGUAGAAUCUGUUCAUUCUAAUGUGUGUGCGUGUGUGUUGUAUGUGUGUGAGAGCGCAGCUUGUUCUGUCUACAUUCAAAUAUUGUAUAUUCAAAAAAAAGAAGAAAAAUCUAAGGAGAAAAAAAACAAAACGGGCAAAAAUGCAUUGUUCCAACAAUACAGUAUUUGAACAAGACUGCCACUUCCAUGUCAACACUACAAGAUAUAUUGCUGUACAACAUAUGGGGGUUGUGUAGCUCUCUGGUUGUUACCCACCGAGUCCACUGGCUUACACAGGGUGUAUUGGGUUCUGGCGAGACCUACCAGCCCCUUCUCUGGCCUAUGCAGGUUUUAACAGUGUGGAAGUCAUGAGUGUAUUUGUUUGUUUCUGUGUGCUACAGAUGACUUUCCCUUUGUGCAGUAAAAAAAGAAGAAAAUAACCAGUGCUCUUGUGUGGGACCAUUCCAAUUUUAAGAGGGAAAAAAAUAACACACAAAAAAAGAUAAGACGAGAAAAAAAGAGGAGAAAACACGUAAUCCUUUUCUUCAGAUUUCUGUGUGUUUGCUGAACCUCCUCCCUUCCCCCCCACCCCAUCCUUGUGCUACAGUUUGUGUAUGCUGGAUAUUGUGGUGUUCUAGGUCAUUGUUCAUUACUGUACAGAAAGAAUAUAAAACCUACUAACCUUGA